UCUGGAGGCGUCCAGUGGGGGGCGCUGCCUCGGCGGCGGGCCCCUCAUCAGGGGGUGUAUAAAAGGCCUGGAGUGUGGGAGCUGCGUCAGAGCGCAGAGGAGCCUGGCAGCUGUCGACAUGUGUAAAGGACUAGCAGCGUUACCACAGUCCUGCCUGGAGAGGGCGAAGGAGAUCAAGAGCAAGUUGGGAGUCCUGCUGCAGAAGCCGGACAGCGGCGUCGACCUCAUCGUGCCAGCGGCAGAGAAGCCGGAGAAGAAGCCAGAGAAGCUGGUCAGACCUUCAGCAGAGGAAGCUGCUCAGUGGCGCGAGAGUCUGGAGCGAGUGCUGAACCACCGCUAUGGCGUGGCUGCCUUCCGAAGUUUCCUCCAGUCGGAGUUCAGCGAGGAAAACAUCGAGUUCUGGUCGGCCUGCGAGGACUUCAAGAGGAUCCACAACCCCAGCAAGAUGGCCGCCAAGGCCAAGAAGAUCUACGAAGACUUCAUCCAGUCCGAGGGCCCCAUGGAGGUGAACAUCGACCACUUCACCAAGGACGUGACCCUGAGGAACCUGGUGGAGCUCUCGCCGUCCGCCUUCGACCUGGCGCAGAAGAGGAUCUUCGCUCUGAUGGAGAAGGAUUCCUUCGGCCGCUUCCUCCGCUCCGCGCAGUACCAGGAGCUUCUGGUCCACUAGUGCGGAGCGCGGGCGCCCGGAGGGGGCGGGGCCUAAACCUCAUGUAACCGCUUUAAUCAUCGUGUGUGUGUGUGUGUGAAAGUGCAGGGGCAGAAGAGACUGGCGGCCGUGACUCGCUCCCACCUGGAGCUCCACCAGCCUUGACACGCCGACUCCAGAGCUCGCGUCUUUUCAGUCAUGCCAAUGACGAAGACAUGUGGGAUCCGGAGCCAGAGUGGAGCGGUCCAGGUGAGGGGGCGGAGCUCCGGUGGGCAGGUCUCGCCCAGUGUCUCCUCGGCAGGUCCUCCUCCUCGUGGCUCGUGUCACCUUCUGUAACCCGCCUGCCGCUCGCCGCCGCCGCCGUGACGCGGAUCCACCAGUCCGACGUCCCAGGCCGCGAGGCGCCUGCUGUCAGCCAUAUAUAAACGCUACUGCUGCACGCCA